GAUUAGGUGCCGCAGUUGCUGCUCGUGUUGAAUCCAGAACCGUAGUCAGACAGGUGACUGGAGGACGAGCAAAAGAUGCUGACCGAGUCCGGAGAUCCUAAGGAGGAGGAAGAAGAAGAGGGAGAGUUACUGUUUCUACAUCAGGAUCCCCUAACAACAGUGAGAGAGCAAUGCCAGCAGUUGGAGAGAUGUGUAAAGGCCCGGGAGCGGCUGGAGCUCUGUGAUGAGCAUGUAUCCUCUCAAUCACAUACAGAAGAGGAUUGCACGGAGGAGCUCUUUGACUUUUGCAUGCAAGGGACCAUCGUGUGCCCCACAAACUCUUUAACAGCUUGAAAUAAAUGUGUGGACUUAUUCACCCCAG